UAAUAUUCUUAGGUACAUACAUAUCAUAAUUAUAUUUAGCGAUAUUUUCCACUAUAAAACUAAAGUUUAUUUCUACAACUAUAAUUAUCAGUUCUAUGCAACGUUCUUGUGAACAACAAUCAACAUGAAGCUGUUGGCUGUUUUAAUGAGUUUUCCAUUACUUACAUAUCAACAGGGAACUAAAGAACAAGUACUACUUGUAGAAGCAAAAUGGAAAGAUCCGUUGUUAUUUUUAGUGGACAACUAUUUCAAUAAAACUACAUAUUUGGCAGAUCACAAUUUGGUGAUGAAUUCACCUAAAGAAGUGUUGCUGAAACAACUAGAUAAAAUGAAGAUUGGUGAUUUCUACACUUCACUGAAAACUAUUAUUCCGAAUUUGAAAACCGAUUUGCACAAAAUAUCAAUCGAUACAAUCAAACAACAGUUGAACGACGAAAAAUUAAUGGUGAUGAUAAAAAAGUUGCAAUCACCAAAAUUUCUAACAGAAUUUUCCGAUAUUAUGAAUUUAAUGAAAGAGUUCAACAUAAAUGAAAUUUUGAUAGGUUGGGCUGUUAUAUUGGGAAGAGACAUACAAAAAUAUAUGUUGACUGGUACAUUCAACGAGGAUAAUUUCCAAAAUGCAGGGCAAAUACUUCAAAAUUCUAUACUGGUUAAGGACGUGAACGAGCUGUUAAAAGCGCCAAAUUUUAAACACAAUGAUGUCAUCAGUUUUUUACUGAACAGUGAUGAUAUCCAGAAUGUAAAGUUGACACCGGAAAUCACUGCAAUCUGGUUAAAGAAGAUUUUAAUUAAACAUACAGAUUUUAUAAAUAAGGAUGUGUUAUUAAACAUUUCAAAGAACGUGAGUACUUAUGCGACAACAAUUUCAGAUGAUUUAUAUUACACAUCAAACAUUGACGUGUCUACCAAUCUUCAAAAAUACUUUUACUUCACUAUAAACGAUAAAGAAGUUCAAUUAUUUUCCGAUUCUAAAUUGCACGGAACAUUUCUAUCUAUAAACAGAAAAACAGUGCCCCAGUUGGUUAAUAUUGCUUAUAAAAAACCCACAUUGGAAGAUUGUAGAGCAAUUUCACAUGUAGAACCAGACAUUUGGACGUCAGUAAUUGUUACGGAUGACAGUAUAGUAUCACCGACGAAUUCUACUAUCUUGACAGGGUCGCCAGUGAUUUGUAAAGAUAUAAUUGUGGGAUCUGUAAAUUCAAAAGGAGAAUUUAAAAGAUCUUAUUUUAUUUGUAAAUAUUGGAUUUUCUGUAGCUAAGCACUAUUAUAUUAUCAUUAUUAUUAUCAUCAUAAUAUAAUCGAUUAUUAUUAUUAUUAUUAUUAUUAUUAUUAUUAGGGAAUAUUGUGAUUAAAAAUUAUUAAUAUAUUAUAAAACAUACUAUUAAUAAAUCAUAAUCUUGAA